CAGGGUUUUCGAGUUGAGCUACCCAUCAAGAGUGCCCGCUACCGUGGCCAAUGCAGCAAAUAUUCCAUUAAGCUUCUCUAUACAGGCAUCACACCUGUAAUCAUUCACCGUGUUUUGGUUCUCUACCUCUACCAAGCAUCACAGGUUAUCCCAAAGUAGUACGAUUGUCAGUACACAAAGUAAUCCAUUUUUUACAGAUUUUUUACCUUAUAUUUGGAGGCAAUCUGCUGGUUGACUUGCUGGGAGUGUGGUCUACAGUAGAGGAUACCCAGCCCUCUAGAUUGUUUUUUCUGGAGUACAGAAGUGGAUAUUACCCUUCUAGCGGUCUCUGCUACUACCUUAGCGCAUAUAGGGAUGCCAACCCUGGCAGUAGUUAUUAUUGCUGUGCCCCAUACGUGCCAUAUUUAUGCACGUUUAUGCGCUGUACCAUGUGCUUUCCUCUCAGAAUAUCGCUUAAAGGUCUGUAACCUCUGCUGAUAUGUAGCCAAGCAGGUGAUGGACAAGCAAAUAUGUGCUGCGAGGGUCAUCAAAACCUGCACAAAUCUCUCAAUCAAUACAUUCCUACGGCUGCUACACUCGGUGGUCUGUGUAUUGGAGCUCUCUGUGUUUUUGCUGAUCAUUUUGGAGUGCUUUUGGACUCCGGUGCCAACCGUUAUAAUAACCAUCACAUCAGAUACACAGUUAUGAACCAAAUUGUGAAAGAACAGUCAGGACAGAGUCAUAAUUAUACUAGACUAUUAUUUCGUACUAAGGCUAUAUAUACGGUUAUCACUUAUAAUUAUAUCUGAUAAGCUUUUAUUAAUAUAUCAAACAUUUGUCUGUAAUAAUAGAUAUCUUGUCAUAAUUAGUAUGCUAUAUACACUAACAGG